UUGCAUGUACAUCAUAUGUGCUGGUGUUCCUUUUUUCCACAUAACUUACCAAGAUCUAAAUAUCGUUUUAUCUUCUCAGGUGAUGUACCAAGUGUGGAGCUAUGGCCAGUCCAGCAGGCUCAGUUCAUCCCCUUGACAGAAGUCCUGUGUCUCCUCAUCUCAGAGAUGAACAGACGGAAGCUGAUAGCAACCCAGGACACAAUCAGAAAGAAGCUCUCGGAGUGCUACGACAAGAUGCCUGUACCUAGUCCAGAAAUCAUCCACAAAUCCCUCACCCAUCUCAUGAACGAGGGGAAGAUCGUGCACAAUGGUUCUGGUUACUACAUCACCAAAGGUGAUGAGGUGCCUCCGGACACCACCGAUGCAGAGAGCGUUGCCACAUUUGCUACAACAAGGACAAAGAAGAAGGAUAAGGAAAAAGAGAAGGAGAAAGAUAAAGAUAAGCCUAAGGAAUACUUGAUUUACAAGGACGGUGUUCUGACUAGACAUACUUUCCCUGAGGAAGUCAAUGAGAAUAUGGGUAUUAAGGUUAGACCUGAGUCAGGAGCUUCCAGACCGUUGUCCUAUCCAGCAAACCCUAUCCUCGCCAGCAUCCCAGAAGAUCGGACAGCCUUCCAGAGAAGCAUAUCCAUGAGGGAGAGAAAAAGUCCUCAGAAGAAGUCAAAGUUUGAACGCACCAGCUCCAUGCGUCUCCCCAAUGACAUUUCUUACUAUGACCAAGGCUACCUGACAUCAGACUCGGAAGCAAAGCCCUCAUGUCUUGGACGUCUCUUGGGGAAAGCAGUCCAGAAGAAGCCGAAGGCAGCUCUCAAUAACAACCAGCCAAAACGUAUACUCCAGACUUUUUCAGCUCAGUUCCCGCCUUCAGACAUCCAAGAUCCUUUCUUUAAUUACAACCACUGGAUGAAGAAGACUCCUGAGAAACUUGGUUCUAACAGAUCUCAGACCAGUGGGCAAGAUGGAGACAAGAUCAAAGAUGAUACAGAGAGGUCUAAAACACUUGAGGCCGUACCGACUACUCCGAAACACACCUAUAGUCCUAAGUCAAAGAGGAAGAGUUUGCCGAAAGACUUGAGUAAUGUGAAAACAGGAUCCCAUUAUGCCCUUGAUCAUGGACGUCUGACACAAACUGCCAAAGUUCUACAACAGAAAUAUCAGGAUGGACAAGAGGAAUCUAUGCCUGAAAGUGAGGUAGAGUUUGUCAAGCCAACUAAGAUGUAUGACGGUAAACAUAGAACUAAAGCUGUAGCAGAUCAGAAACCAACAUCUUCAAAGAGCCCUCAGAAAACACCCAAGGAUCCAAAGGGUGAUAAGAUAAAUCACUACUUUAGCUCUAUGGAUAGGGCACGACCUUCAAACCCUAAGCCAUACCAAGGGCUCACUAGUGAGAGCUCUCUUGCAGGAAGUGAUUCAGAGCUAGAGAUGAAUCCAAGAAAAAAGGCUGCAGCUGUAGAAAAGCGGCUGUUGAAGCAGAGACACGCUGAUCUCUUGAGAGAAAGAAGACAAGGAAGAUUAUUUGCAAGCCAAAGAGCAGAUGCACCUGGUUCAGCUUCUGAUCUUGGUGAACAGCAACCAAGAGAAGAAGUGCCUUCUCGCUUGCUUGCCACUGGACGAUCUGCAGUAGAGGAGUAUGAAAAGCGCAAAGGAUAUCUACCCAGGCGAUGCUCAUCUGAAGAGGAUAUAAGUGAUUUGCCUCGGUUACUUCCAGAAAAUUCUGAGAGGCAGCUUGUUCAAACAAGUCGGAAGAUAUGUCUUACCUUUCAGGACAGUGGGCAGAUGAUGGUAAAGACAUCAACACCACACUCUGCCCAUAACUCGAACAACCAGACAGUAGAGAACAGAGAGGGGAACAACCGACUCCGUCAAGAACCAGAGAGACCUAGAGAUGCUUCCAACCUGGAGAAGGUUGUCAUGAGGAAACAUGAUCUCAUCAAGAAGAGGCCUCACUCAAGUCAUGAAACCUUCUACAAAGAUGAAGAAAUUGACAAGUUAUUAGAAGAGGAACUUCAGAAUGAGAAGGUGAAUCGUAAUAUGAAGUAUAAGAGCAAUGUCCCUGAGAAAGAUAAGAACAGUAAUUCUCGUUUACAGGGCUAUCCAGAGAUCUUGGACCACUGCCACAGAUCGGGAAAUGGUGAGCUGAACCGAAGCUUUGAUCGUGACUCUUUCACUUCGUCCAGUACAGUUGAGUACACCAACCAAGGUGAUCCUCCAGCCAUCAUAGGUCAUACUGUCAGCCCUGAUGCAAGCACCAUUAACGGCAGCUACGCCUCACUCGCCAACGGACAGCGCCCUCUCCAUCACAGAAUGGAAAGCCUCUCCAGCUCCACGGGUGACAGCGGCUUCAACUCCCCACGCUCUUCUGUCAACAACGGCUUCAACUCCAACGGGUUUCCCUCCAAGCAGACUUCUCCUGAUGGCCUUACGGUGAGGUCCAACUCUGGCAGCAGCAGCAGUAUCCCCGUCCUGGUGAGACCAAUCCCAAGACGGGCCUACAGCAACACCACUGCCGUUGCUAAAGUGAAGCCAACAGAUUCCCAGCUGGUGCAGAAGAGACGUCCAGUAUCCAGCACCAGUGACCAGUCUAGUAGCUCAGACCUAACGGUGAAAAGCAUGAAAGAGAGAAGACGGAGCGGAAGUGACCGAGAUGGAAACUCCUCUUCCUCAGAUAGGUCAAGUCACAGUUCUAGGAGCCAGCAGAGACUUACAAGGGUCAAAAGUUAUGAGGUCAUUGGGACAGUUUAAAGUGUUUACAGAUAAAAGAAUAUAGUAUUGGCAUGAUAGUACUUAAUUAGAAUAGAUAUUCCCUCUGACCAAAAUUGUAGAUUGUAAUAGUAUUAAUUGUAAAAGUUUGAUUUCUUUAUCCAUAUGUCUUUCUUAUUAUUCCUUCCUAUAUCCUCUUCUCCAUUUCUUGGUGUUUACCCCUGUAUCUUUGCAUGUUUUCUCUGUAGACCAUGCAGUGUUUGAGUAUGUGAAAAGAAUAUGAAAUGUGACAGAGUAUAUAUGUAAUCUGAGAAGUUUUGUUCUGGAUAUACUUUUCAUGCUUGACCAAUCAGUCAUUUGCCUCAAGAACUAACCUGUAAGUAUCACAAAGAACUCUGCUUAAAUACAGCAGACCAAAAUCAUGUUUAAACUAUGGCCAAAGUAACACAUUCAAGCCAAAUCAUUCAUAUAGGCUAGGUAUAUCAUAAUCAUGCCAAAGAUAAUUCUUAACAUUCAUGUAUACUGAUGAGUGUACUGGUGAGAUUGUAUGCUAUUUUCAAUAGAUUUU